AUGUCAUCAUCUGUUAGUGAUAGUAUUCAUGAACCAUUCAUCCGUCAGGCGAUUGAACUUUCUCUAUCUGCUGUCGAACAUGGAAAUGAUCCGUUUGGUGCUUGUCUGGUAUCAAAGGAUGGAGAAGUAUUAUUGACUGCCGAAAACACAUGUCGUAAUCCUGUGUACGAUACAACUCGUCAUGCCGAAUUGAAUUUAAUUAGUAAAGCUACACAAAAAUUUACUCGAGAUAUUCUUGAGCAAUGUACACUUUAUACUAGUUGUGAACCAUGUAUAAUGUGUAUAGGUGCUUUACGUUGGAGUGGUGUUCGAAAUAUGGUUUAUGCUCUUUCAAAUGAAACAUUGGGAAAAUAUGCAGGUUUUGAUGGACUCAUGUCUAGUCGACCACUUUUACCAUCGCCUCAAUUUAUUGUUACCGGUCCUAUUCUUGAAGAGGAAGCUGCCAAAAUUCAUGCGAUCCAUUGGUCUAAACUUCUCUAG